UCAGAGUGUGGUCAGUGUGGGCAGCUGGUGCGGACGUCCAGUCAGAAGCCGCAUUACAUUGCCUCACGCUGCAGCACAAACACUUCCUGUGUGUCAGAAGCCCCAGUAACACAAAACAAACACAACAAUACCAAAGAGAGCAGCUCCUGCUGUAAACAUGGCGGGAAUAAAAGCACUUGUUGGGUUGUCAUUUAGCGGUGCCAUUGGUCUUACUUUCCUAAUGUUGGGAUGUGCCUUGGAAGAAUACAAAGUGUAUUGGCCUUUGUUUGUUUUGUUAUUUUAUGCCAUCAGUCCUAUUCCAUAUUUCAUCGCCAGACGACUAAGUGAUGAUACAGAUGCUGCCAGCAGCGCAUGUAGAGAGUUAUCAUUCUUCUUCACCACUGGAAUUGUGGUUUCUGCCUUUGGCUUUCCAAUUGUUCUUGCACAUUCUAAUCUGAUUUUAUGGGGCGCAUGUGGACUGGUGCUUGCUGGCAACGCUGUUAUUUUUCUGACAAUACUUGGAUUUUUCAUUGUUUUUGGAAGAGGAGACGACUUUAGCUGGGAGCAGUGGUAAAGGCCGACAAGCUUUCCUACUGUACCAACGUCCCAGCUUUGAGUGCUAUGCUAUGUAUGUAUACACUAAUUGUGUAUGUAAAUUAUGCCAUUAGCCCAUUUAUAUUCAAUUGCCUUUUGUAUUCUGUGUAGAGGAUCUCUAGGAAGCUAUUUUUUUAUGCUUCUUUGGAAGAAAUAAGCCGAUGCCUUUCACUAUUAAUUUAAAUGUCUCUUCCCUUUGUAAAUGUUUUGUAUAAUAAAAAUCAUCUAUCAUUUUUAUCAUGUAUAACGUGAAAGACCAAAAAACACUUAAUUCUACCUA